AUGCGGGACAGGGUGGAGUUGCUGAAUCGGGACAGGGUGGAGUUGCUGAAUCGGGACAGGGUGGAGUUGCUGAAUCGGGACAGGGUGGAGUUGCUGAAUCGGGACAGGGUGGAGUUGCUGAAUCGGGACAGGGUGGAGUUGCUGAAUCGGGACAGGGUGGAGUUGCUGGAUCGGGACAGGGUGGAGUUGCUGAAUCGGGACAGGGUGGAGUUGCUGAAUCGGGACAGGGUGGAGUUGCUGAAUCGGACAGGGGUGGAGUUGCUGAAUCGGGACAGGGUGGAGUUGCUGAAUCGGGACAGGGUGGAGUUGCUGAAUCGGGACAGGGUGGAGUUGCUGAAUCGGGACAGGGUGGAGUUGCUGAAUCGGGACAGGGUGGAGUUGCUGAAUCGGGACAGGGUGGAGUUGCUGAAUCGGGACAACCCGGAGUUUCUGAAUCCUUGGAGUUUCUGA